GAGCGAGGCGCCCGCGUCCCUACGUCCCUCCAUAAAAAAAACCAUGGCACCCACCGUCUAAUCUCAGUGUACCACACCAAGUUUAAGUGAUGACUUCGUAAUAUAUACCCAAGUUGCGCGGUGAACCGGUACGGGAGGCUGCGUCGCGCCCGCCGUGGAAUGCGGCAAUUUUAACUGCGGACCUCGGGACCCAUAUACGAAUUGGAAUCGACAAGGUGAUGCAAGGAAGAUGAGUCGCCGCGCGCGGCCGUGAGAUGGGAGUGCAGGCAUGGGCUGGCGCGCCGAGCAACCGCCGCACAUCGCCGCCGGCCUGCUGCUCGUGCUAGUGCUGUACCUGCCGGUAACUUGCCACCAAGAUCACCAAGAUGCUGUCCACAUCACGGCGAUCCUGGGCGAGAGCGUCGUGUUCAACUGCCAGGUGGACUUCCCCGAGGACGUGCCCGUGCCGUACGUCCUUCAGUGGGAGAAGAAGGUAGGCGAAACGGGUCAAGACAUCCCGAUCUACAUUUGGUACGAGAGCUACCCGACGCACAGCGGCGAGGGGUACGAGGGGCGCGUGUCGCGAGUCGCACCGGACUCCCCCUACGGCGCCGCCAGCCUCAACCUCACCAACAUUAGAGAAUCGGACCAGGGUUGGUACGAGUGUAAGGUGGUGUUCCUCAACCGGUCGCCGAACCAGCACAAGAAUGGCACGUGGUUCCACCUGGACGUGCACGCGCCGCCGCGCUUCUCCAUCACACCGGAAGACAUUAUAUACGUUAAUUUAGGUGAUGCCAUAAUCCUCAACUGCCAAGCGGAGGGCACACCGACGCCGGAGAUACUAUGGUACAAGGACGCGAACCCCGUGGAGCCGUCGGGCACGGUGGGCAUCUUCAACGACGGCACCGAGCUGCGCAUCAGCAACAUCCGGCACGAGGACAUCGGGGACUACACGUGCAUCGCGCGCAACGGCGAGGGCCAGGUCUCGCACACCGCGCGCGUCAUCAUCGCCGGCGGGGCCGUCAUCACGAUGCCACCGACGAAUCAAACGAAGCUGGAGGGGGAGAAGGUUCAGUUUUCGUGCGAGGCGAAGGCGUUGCCCGGGAACGUCACGGUCAAGUGGUUCCGUGAAGGCGCGCCGGUGGCCGAGGUGGCGGCGCUCGAGACCAGAGUCACCAUCAGACGAGACGGCGCCCUCGUCAUCAACCCCGUGGCUGCAGACGACUCCGGACAGUACCUGUGCGAAGUCUCCAACGGGAUCGGAGACCCGCAGAGCGCCUCCGCCUACUUGAAUGUUGAAUAUCCGGCAAAAGUAACGUUCACCCCCACCGUGCAAUACCUGCCGUUCCGGCUGGCCGGCGUCGUGCAGUGCUACAUAAAAGCCAAUCCUCCCCUUCAAUAUGUGACGUGGACGAAAGACAAAAGGCUGUUGGAACCGUACCAGACAAAAGACAUAGUCAUCAUGAACAAUGGCUCGCUGCUGUUUACUCGAGUGAAUCAGAAUCACCAGGGCCGCUACACUUGUACGCCCUACAACGCUCAGGGCACGCAGGGCUCUUCAGGACCAAUGGAGGUGUUAGUUCGGAAGCCACCGGUGUUCACGGUCGAACCGGAGCCAUUGUAUCAGAGAAAGGUGGGAGAAUCAGUGGAGAUGCACUGCGAGGCACAGGAGGCGGAGGGGACGCAGCGGCCGAGCGUUGUGUGGCGGCGGCGGGACGGCCUGCCGCUGCAGAAGAGCAGGGUGCGGGCUCUCGCCGGCAACAUCACCAUAGACACUCUGAGGAGACAGGACUUCGGGAUAUACCAGUGCGUCGCUUCUAAUGAGGUGGCGACUAUAGUAGCGGACACGCAGCUAGUGAUCGAGGGCACGCAGCCGCACGCGCCGUACAACGUGUCGGGGACCGCCACGGAGUUCCAGGUGACGCUGCGCUGGCAGCCUGGGUACGCCGGCGGCCCCGACUACAAGCAGGACUACACCAUCUGGUACCGCGAGGCCGGCUUCUCCGAGUGGACCAAAGUGCCUGUCACGCCGUCGGGAGCUACCUCGGUAACAAUAAACCGGCUGCAGCCAGGGACCACGUACGAGUUCCAAGUGAACAGCAAGAACACCAUCGGCGAGGGGAUGAUGAGCAAGGCAAUCACCAUCAGGACGCUAGAUGUAGGUGCUAAACCGAAGGCGCCGCCUACGCCCCCUGGGCCCGUCGACGAAAAGAUAUUCCAAAACGCACCGGAAGGCUCGGGUCCGAAGUCCGGUCCACCUCGCAACCUGACCGUGACGGAGGUGCACAACGGGUUCCUGAUCACGUGGCAGGCGCCGCUGGAGCGCUCCAACCUCGUCCAGUACUACACCAUCAAGUACCGGACGGACGCGCAGUGGAAGACGCUCAACCGGGGACAGAUAAGACCGGAGGAGACCAGCUACUUGGUGAAAAACCUGGUGGGCGGUCGUACGUACUACUUCCGCGUGCUGGCCAACUCCGCCACCAGCUACGAGAGCUCGGACGAGGUGAAGUUCCCGGUGCCGGCGCGAGUCAAGCACAAGGCGAUCACCGCCGGCGUGGUCGGCGGGAUCCUCUUCUUCAUAGUCGCGAUCAUCCUCUCGGUGUGCGCUGUCAAGAUAUGCAAUAAGCGUAAACGACGCAAGCAGGAGAAAGCAUACAACAUGGUAGCCGCGCGACUCACCGACCUUCGCGCCGCAGACAGCACUCAAGUGCCUUUUAAAAAAUUUAGAGAAAGCGGAGUAUCGAGUAUAGUGCAGUGCCUGCGCUUCACUGCCAACUGGAUCUGGCCGGCGUCGCGGUGCGGCGAGGAGGUGUACUGGGGCGGCGUGCGCGUGUCGCCGGCACCGCGCCCCUCCCCCGUGCCCUCCCUCGCGCCGUCGCCCGCGCCCUCCGCUGCGCCCUCCUCCUCCGACGACGGCGGGUUCCUGCCUCGCUGCCGCGCGCCGCUGUCUCCGGCCGCCGCGCCGCCGCUGUUCCGCGCCUCCUCGCCCGCGCUCGCGCUGCACUGGCCGCCCUGGCCGCCGUGGCCCGUCUGGGCGCCCGCCUGGACGCCCUGGUCGCCGCUCCACAUCUCCGACCUCAGCUCGGUGCCCUUCCCCAGCUCCGCCGACGGCUCGUUCCCGACGCCCCCCUCGUUUCUGCUGCGGCAGGCCCGUCUCGGCCCCGAGGCGCCGCCCCAUAGACUGGGCGGGGGCCCGCUCGCCCGGCCCCGCGCCCGACCGGUGGCGAGGCACGGCCGCCCGCGCGCCAUCACGGAGCACGCGCUCCCGCCCCCGCCCCCGCACGAAGCGUCCCCGGAGAGCCGAUCGUCGUCGAGCGGCUUCGGCAGUAAGAACGCGUCGUCGCAGCAGAACCGCAGCAGCCGCGCCGGCAGCGUUGGCGAGUGGCGGCCGCCGCCGUACCGCGCACCGCCCGCGCCGCCGCCGCCGCCCGCGCGGCCCGGCUCGGGCGAGGCGGCGGACGGCUCGGUGGAUGUGCACUACGAGUGGGACCGCGCCACGCGCACGCCCACGCCGUCCACGCCGGAGAGGGCGCGCGCGCGACCGUCGCGCGACGACGUGGAGGCUCGCGUGCGCGCCAUGAAGGAGGAGUUCCUGCAGUUCCGCAAGCGGCAGGCGCUGCGGCGGCGCUCGCCCGAGCCCGCGCCCGCCGAGACCGUGUGCUGACCCGGCCCGCCGGCCCGCUGGCCCCAGGCCCGCCGCCCGCCGGCCGCACCCACCCACCGAUAUCGAGCGAACGUCGAGCGUCUCGCGGAGCCCUUCCGUCCGACUCCCGGGUGGCGCGUAUCGAGCACCGAUAAUGAUUUUUUUACACGAGAAUAUUAUAUUUAUUCCGCGCAUCGGCCGGUAGACGUCGUCGGCAUUUUAUACCGUACUCCGAACGAGAGCGUGGGUCGGCGGAGGGCUCCGCGACGACGGAACGUCGGUUAGUUUCGUUUUUUGUUGUUUAAGUUAAGGCUGAUUUAGUAACUGUUACGACACCUAAUCGUUAAGUAGUGUGUUAAUUUUUGUACGUACUAUUUAUUUUGGAUGAUACUAAUUUAAACUAUAUACAUAAGUAAUAUAAUAUCGGGCGCUGUCGUACUGAGAUACUUAUAUAACGUCAAUCUCUCCUGUCCCACCUCGUGCGGCCAGACCGACCGCGGUCGCUGGAGCACCUACUAAUUAAAUCACUAAUAAUUUAGACGAGAUUCAGCCCCAAUCCGGCCGGCUGAACCGCUAAUAUAGUGUAUAUACUACAUAUUAUAUAUAAAUGUGGAUGCAGUGGCGCGUCUAGUCGCAUCGGCGGUUCUCCUAGUUACCUAGUGUCAAUUAAAAAUGUUUGAUAUCAGCGGCGAGUGAACAAUGAGCUGCCGUCCCGUCGCGGCCGCGCGACGUGGUCGCCUCGGAAUCGCCUCGCAGCGGGCUCGGGCCUCGCGGGCGGGCCGCCGGUGCGCCUGCGCGCCACCUAAACGCUUUAGGUAUGAGCGGGGAGGCAUCCACGGCGCCGCUCAUACCACUUAUAUUACGUAGUUAAUUAUAACGUACGAUUAAUACCUAGUUAGACCGCACGCGUUCGGACCUCUACGCGACGCUUUCUUUCUUACCCUCACGUUUAUUCUCAUAUUAUACCCCACUCGACUUUCUUACGGACGACUCGUCUGCACCGAUUUUAUCUAAGCAUAGAGUCGAGCCGAACCGCGUGCAGUCGUCUUAUUAAUAUAUUACGAGCCGGCAGGAUAACGUUAGCUAGCCGUAGGGUUCGCCGAGUGCCGAGUCGCCGAGUCGCCGCUCGCCCGGGACUCGAGCCGAUCGACGUUCGAUGUCGUACAUGAAGUUUUUUUAGUACAAAUUAAUUUUUUAUUCCUCGAGUACCUACCUACUUUGUUUGUGUUGAAAUUG